AUGUACAAUGAUGAUGAACAAAAUAAGUCAAAAAUUAAAUCACAUUUGGUGAUUGAUAUGCAAAACCAUCAUGAUAUAAUAAAGGAGAAAUUAAGUGAUAAGCCUAGAAAAGUAUUAAUUUUAAAUACAGGUGGAACAAUAUCAAUGUUUUCAUCUUAAACAGGAUAUGUAACCAAAAAAGGUGCAUUAAAAACCUUUUUAGAAAAUAAUCCAUUCUCAUGUGAUAUGGAUUAUACAUAUUUUAAAGCUACCGAUGAUUUUUUGAUUACACCUUUGACUGCUUUUAAUAGAAGGAUUUGGUUUAAAGUAGAUGAAUUAGAUCAAUUACUUGAUUCAUCAAAUAUGAAUUCAGAUGAUUGGGUAACUAUAGCAGAAAGGAUUGAAAAGGCCUAUUAAUAAUAUGAUAGUUUUAUAAUAUUACAUGGAACUGAUACUAUGGCAUAUACUGCAAGUGCUUUAUCAUUUAUGUUUUAAAAUUUAUCAAAAACAGUAAUAUUAACAGGUAGUUAAGUACCUUUAUCAUAACCUAGAAAUGAUGGAUUUACAAAUUUUUUAAAUGCUCUAACAAUAGCAGGUCAUUUCACAAUUCCAGAAGUAUUGAUAUGUUUUUAAGAUAAAUUGUUAAGAGGUAAUAGAGCAUAAAAAGUGAAUUCAUCAUCAUUAGAUUCAUUUGAUUCACCAAAAUUUAUUCCUUUAGGAUAUUUUGGAGUUAAUAUUAGCAUUAAAUGGGACAUAAUUUUGAAGAAUCCAAAUGAAGAAAAUUUAAAAUUAAAUAAGAAAUUUUGUACUAAUAUAAGUUUGAUACGAUUAAAUCCAUUGUUAAAUCAUGUAACUUUGAAUGAAAUAUUUAAAAAUGAAAAACUCAAAGGUGUAGUAAUAGAAACUUAUGGAGCAGGAAAUAUGUAAACUGAAGAGAAAUUUUGUAAUGAGAUAGCCUAAGCAGCUAAAAGAGGAAUUGCUAUUGUAAAUAUUUCUUAAUGUCAUACAUCUUAAGUUGAAAUGAUAUAUGAAACAGGAAUCAUAUUUGAAAAUAUGGGAGUGUAUUAUAUAAUAAUCAUAUAUUAAUAGUAUAAGUGGAGGUGAUAUGACAUCAUAAGCAGCAUUUACUAAACUUGGUUAUUUAUUAGGAUAAACUGAUAAUGUUGAAAAAGUUAAGGAAGAAUUCUAAAGAAAUAUAAGAGGUGAAUUAACAGAGGCUGGAAGAACAGCUGAAACUGAACCAUUUCUUAUGGCUCUAUCAUCUGCUAUUAAAUAAUAAUAAUCUAAAAUAGACUUAAAUAAAGAUCUUGUUUUUCCUAAUAUCUUAUGUUAAAUAUGUGUCCAAAAAAAGAAACUAUCAUCAAUGAAAUUAUCAAAAAUUGUAUGUUUAUAUACAUUUUACAUAAUAAGGAAAUCAAUUAUAAAGCUUAAGAUUAUGAUAUGAGAAGUAUUUUACAUGUAGCUGCCAGAGAAGGUUCAUUAGAAAUCGCUGAACUUAUACUCAGAAAAUGUCCAGAAAUAGUUAAUAAUAUUGAUAGAUGGAAACAUAGUCCUAUGUAUGAGGCUGUUAUGACUAAGAAUACUUAAAUGAUUCAAUUACUAUUGAGAUUUUAAGGAAAACUUAUUGCUCCCAUUAAAGAAUUGACUUCACUCUUGAUGUCAGAUAUUGCCAAUAAUAAAAUUGAAAUGCUUAAUCUCUUUUAUGAAGCUGGAGAAAGAGAUUUCACUUUAUAUAAAACUGAAGACAAUAGAACUGUUGCUCAUUUGGCUGUCUCUAUUGGUAAUGAAUUGGCUCUUCAAUUCCUAUCAAAUCCUGGAGUAAUCUUUGAUUGGCAAAUUUAAGACAAGUUUGGCAGAAUACCUAAAGAUGAAAAACUUUUAUAGAAAAGAUUAUUGAAAAGAUGAUUUAUCACAUAAACAUUUAAG